AUGGACUUCACCAGCCUGACACCCCAGCAAGUGCUCGAACUCGCAAAGCCGAGCAAGGAGUUUGAGGAGGUUCUUCGAACAUAUCAAGCCCCCGGUCUCGACUGGUCGAAAGCAGCGAAAGCCCUCGCCAUUCUGCGCCACUAUGUGGGAUCGGCCGUGCAAGCCGACCAGGCAGACCCAGAAGUCGAACAGGAGACUCUGCACGCUCCAGCUCGGGAUGGUACAAUGCUCCCGCUGAAGGUCUUCAGGCCUGCGAAUGCUAGGGAGGAGGCUGCAAGCUGCCCGUUGAUCGUAUUGUUCUUCGCCGGCGGCUUCAUAAUGGGCGAUCCGAUGACUCUGGCACCACUGGCACGAUCCUUGGUCAAGCGCUUCAAUGCUGUGGUGGUUGCGCCAACGCAUCGCCUGGCACCUGAGCAUCCAUUCCCGGUCGCCAUCGAAGACAGUUGGGACUCUUUGUCCUGGAUUGCACAUAAUGUGGGCACGAUCGGUGCUGAUGCAGCAAGGGGCUUCAUCCUUGGAGGCUUAUCAUCCGGCGGCAAUGUUGCAAAUUCGGUCGCUCAUCUUGCUCGUGACAACAAUCUUCAGCCUCCCCUCACGAGAGUGUGGUUCAGCUGUGCUGGUGUCCGUAUAGCGCCAAGCAAUGCUCAUUUGCUCCCUGAAGUCUACCGUGAGAGGAACCUCAGCCGUUCCCAGAACGAGUGCGUGGACAGCGUCACCACCUCUGCCGGCAUGGAGCAGUUCAAAAGGGAUGCACUAAAGGCAGAUCUUGACUCUCGCCUCAUUGCUCCCAUGAUCUGGUCUGACGAGGCCGGUCUUGGCCACAAAGGCUUCCCGAAGACCUACUCACAGGUGGCAGGGAUCGAUACUGCUCGAGACGAAGCUCUGAUAUUCGACGACAUUCUCAAAGAAGGAAGGCAUACCGACCCGCCUGGAUGUCUAUUCGGGAGUGCCACACUUCUUCUUCUAUACUUUCAAGGAUCUGCCAGAGUCCAAGCGGUGGGAGCAAGACACCCUGGACGGCUUUGCGUGGCUGCUCGCUGA